AACAGGACAUUAAUUUGCUGAAUGUAACGAGCCACGUUUCGCUGAAGCUACAUAUAUAUUCUGGUACAUGAGGCAAGUGAAAAGUACAAAGCUUGACGCAUGUUCCUUGAUCUAAGAUGUAACCUGCCCGAUAAGAGUAUUCACCGAUGGGAGACGACGCACGGGUGAAAGUAAAGUAAAUCGACGUUUUCAAAGACGUCGAGAACGUCGUCGCGAAAGGCGUUGUUUGAGCGAGAUUGGAAAGAUCCUUCUCGAGGAUGCCGGAGGGCGCUCCACUUCCUGGUUCGUUCGAUCUUGUUCAACCGGUUACUUUUAGUCAGUCCAAUUUGGACUUUCGCGAAAAUCAUGCGUUGUCAAAUAUGUUUCAGGGACUCUCUUUUGUCGGCCGGCAGCUUAGCUAAUGAUUACUUAAUAAUCGUUGAACUCGCUGGAAGGGCAGUUCGCAGAAACUCGCUCGUUUCCUCAUAAUGUCCGGCAAAGGAUACACGAUAGCCCGAUAUCUAUCGCACUACCGGGUGAUGGUGGCUCAGCCUGUCACAUUCGCCGUUUUAUCGAACGGCAUUCUAUACAUUUUCACUGCACCGCCGAGGCGUGCACUAUCACUUCCAGUUGCCUACAUAUAAGAGCAGAGAAAUGUUAAACUAGUUUCCGCAAUUUUUCCGGUGGCCGGGUAUAAAGGAGAAAUUCAAUGUCGGCCGAUGUGUCAUUAAAGGUGGAACCGUCGCGUCGGUCUGAUCUGCGAAAUUGCUAGUGCGGACGAGGUGCCGGAUGAGAUAGCGAUUAAACGACGGAAGAAAGCACAGCUUCGUAGCCAUCCGACGGCGAUAGGUGAAUUGCAGCGGAGAUGGAACGACUGCUACUACUCUGUUUGCUGUCACCGGCAAUUUUCGCCCGGUCGCAUAAAACCAAGGAUCCUAAUGACGAGCCAUUUCUACCGAUACACCCGGUCUACCCUUACAGCCCGAAGCUAAUCAAACGAGCCACCGAGGGAGAGGUAAACUCUCAAUUAACGUCGGAGCUGUACGCGCCGAAAGUCGACGCCAAGGACACCUACAGCUCCAGCUACAGCAGCAAUUACCAAAGGGAUUCUUAUUAUCCCGACUAUAAUCCGUAUCCUACAAACAACACGUCACAAUACGUCUAUCCCUACAGCGGCGGGGAGGCGUACGUCUACGCUAGCACGCCGUAUCCCGCCUAUAACUCGUAUCCCGCCCCGUACGCGGUGAAUCCGGCGUCUUAUCCAGUGCCUUCGUAUCCAAACUAUUACUACCAGCCGCCCUAUUACUACCCUCAUUACUUCAGUCACGCUCUGUUCGCACCGCCGCCGGCGCCGCUGCCGUCAGGGGUCGACUACCACGAAGCGUCGCAAGUUCCUAUCGAGAACGACAAGCAGGACGCGGACAAAAAGGGCGAAAGAACGAGAGAGGAGCAAACGAGCCAGGACACGCCAGCGAGUCACUUUGUGGACGGCGGAAACUACAUAGCCGGCAACUCGCGGGACCUCGACGUUCAAUCCAGCACGUACAAAGUGGCCAGCCCGUACAAUCAGCUCGCGCAAGACGUUCAAGCGAAGAGUCUGCCGAUUCCCUUGCCGAAGACCACAUACAGAGUCAUCGGCGUAGCAGGGCAACCGGUGAGUCCGGAUUAUCCAGUGCCCGCUGCGUACAUCAAGACUCAGCAGAUUGAGCAGAUGACAAGCCAAGCGUUGGCUGACCUACUGGCGCAAAACGCGCGACAGCAGUCUAGUCGCUCCUAUGAAAAUAACAGGGACCCCUCGAACGGUGCCAACGGCGGGUCGUACGAGAACCAGGACGCUUACAGUCCGAACGCGCCGUCGUACGUGACACUUUCAGCCGCGAGGAGCAAAACCGGCGGUGUCACCUACGUGAUCGAUUCCGUCGGAAUCGCCAAAGUCAACGAGGACCAAGCGAAGCAUCAAGGCUCGUCGACUCAGAGGGCCCCGAGCAAGAGUGUCAAGUACUCAAACGUUUACGCUCGAAAGCCGGCAUCGCGGAAUCAUCCCCAAACGUCGUAUACAUCGCAGUCCGAAAAUCGUAGCCAUCCCCGCGCUCGCGUGAGCAGCGGUGAAUCGGCGGGUCAAUCUGACAAGUACCGCAGUUACGACGCAACGCAGAGUUACGGCGGCACUUACAGUCAGUCCGGCAACAAGCAAGAACAGAAUUACGGAACGUAUCAGAGUCAGCCGGGCUCUUAUCAGAGCGAGGGUUUUACUGUCGCUCCUCAGACACCUCGAUCGCACACUUAUCAGUACUCCGCUUACGAGUCGGAUCAGGCAGUGCCGCAGCAAGAUGAGACCAGCACUGAAGACGGCACUUUUGGAACUAAACAAUAUAAGGGAUAGAAUAGCAAGCGCAAUCAAACUGAACUGGUGCUGUUAUGCAUAAGAUGUACUGUUCUUUUUCUUGUUAUUUUUCUUGUUGUUGAAUUGACGCGGCUCCUUUUAGUCCUAGCAAAUUAAGUAAUUAAUUAUACAAAAUAUCUCGGAUAUCAAGCACUGUUUUUAUAUUUA